AUGGACGUGGAGACGGGGGCCAUGGGCAGCCUCAUCCUGAAGCUCGGCGAACUCCUCAAGGAGGAGUACAAGCUGCAGGCCGGAGUCAAGGAAGACGUCCAGUGCCUCAAGAGAGAGCUGACCAGCGUGUACGCCGCCCUCCGCAAUGUCAGCGGCGUGCCGUGGGACCAGGCCGACUUGCACGUCAAGAUCUGGGCCGGCAAGGCCAGGGACAUGUCAUACGAAAUUGAGGACAUGGUCGACAGGUUCCUGGUGCGUGUUGAGGGCCUUGAGCCCGAUGUGGGCAACCUCCAAUGUCUCAUGAAAAAGAUGGGCGAUUGGCUCACCAAGGGCAAGAUUCAACACAAGAUGGCCAGCGAGACAGAAGACAUCAAGGCCAACGAGGUUGGCGCUUAUUCAACUGGCGCAACCAUGGUUGACCCUCGCCCGCUGGAUCGGAAAGAGCUCGUUGGCAUUGAUGAUUCACUGAAUGAGGUAACCAAUAUAUUGUCAGAUGGGGAUGGUGAUGUGUCCAAGCAACUCAAGAUGCUCUCUAUUGUCGGCUUUGGAGGUGUUGGCAAGACAACUCUUGCCAAAGCAGUGUAUGAUAAGCUCCAAGCGCAGUUCGAUUGUAGUGCUUUUGUCCCCGUAGGACAGAGCCCGGACGUGAAGAAACUUCUUAACGACAUUAUCUUUGGAAUUAACAAGCGAAUGUACCCAGGGUUGGACGAACGGCAGCUGAUCGACCAACUUCGAGGAUUACUCAAGAACAAGAGGUAUUUCAUUGUUGUUGAUGAUAUAUGGAGUGUACGUACAUUGGAGAUGCUCAAAUGUGCUUUUGUGGAUAAUAAUUGCGGAAGCAGGAUAAUCACAACUACUCGUUUUCUCCAAGUCGCCGGAGAGACUGGUGAGGUAUACAGUCUAAAACCACUUUCCCGGGAGUUAUCUGUGGAGUUAUUCAAUACAAGAUUGUUUGAUGGUAAAAGGAAAUGCUCUUAUGAUCGGCCAACAGAGGCAUACGAUAAAAUUUUACAUAAAUGUGGUGGUGUACCAUUGAUUAUAAUCACAAUGGCUGGCCUGCUUGUUGGCAAACCAGUGGAGUCUUGGUCUAAGGUGUACAACGGGGUUGGUAUUAAUGAUGAAAACAGUCUACAAACCGCAAGAAGGAUGCUUUCUCUCGUCUACCUUGAUCUUCCUUGUCAUCUAAGGACUUGUUUAUUGUAUCUGAGCAUAUAUCCAGAGGAUCGUAUGAUUGAGAAAGAUAGUCUGAUAUGGAAGUGGGUUGCUGAGGGUUUUGUCCAUAAGGAAGCGGAAGUAGGAUUAUAUGAGACUGGUGAGAGAUACUUCAACGAGUUGAUAAGUAAAAACAUGAUACAACCGGUAGAGAGAUCCCAGCAUGAUGGCAUCAUAAUUGGUUGUCGUGUCCAUGAUAUGGUGCUUGAUAUGAUCAAUGUUAUAGCAAAGGAGGAAAAUUUUGUCACCAUAUUAAAUGGAUACGAGUACAACAAUUCUUCAUAUAUCUGUGCUCGGAGGUUAGCUGUUGGACAGAGACAGGACGCUUUGGUUAGCACGAGUAUGCACCAAGUAAGGUCAUUUCAUACCAUGUGCUUGGAUGAAUUCCUUCCGUCGCUUUCCUGCUUCCAAGUUUUGCGUGUCCUAGCUCUUGAAGGUGAUAUUUUAUCCGAGCAAAACAGUAGUUGUCUUGAGCAUCUUGGAAAGUUAGUUCACCUGAGGUAUCUUGGACUAGGGAAGAUGGUGGAUGUGUUUGAGUUACCAAAGGAAAUUGGGGACCUAAAGUUCUUACAGAUAUUGGACUUGGGUUGUGAUACACUUGAAGAACUGCCGCAGAGUGUUUGCCAGUUAAGUCAGCUCAAGUGCCUGCGCUUUGACGGUACGAGGGCAAGAGUGCCAGAUUGGAUAGGGAACCUGACAUCUCUGCAAGAGCUAUUGUUAGGCUCCGUCAAUAGGCCUUCAAACUUUGUGAGUGAGGUGGGCAAGCUGACAGAGUUGAGGAAGCUCCGCAUCAGUGGAUGUUUAUGGUUGAACAGUGUGAGCUCGGUAAAAGCUUGGGCGGGAUCUCUAGUAAAACUGCAGAAGAUUAAAGUCUUGGACGUUCAACGGAUUUAUUUUGAUAUCCUAAGUAGUUGUUAG